UUUUUGGCUUUUAUCAACCAGUCAUAAUCUUCUUUUGGCUCUCUCUUGUUCUCUCUGUCUCUCACUCUCUCUGUUUAUCUUGUACAAUUAAGAAAGAAUGUCACAACACCCUUUGUUCACAAUCCAAUAUCAUCUUUAUUCCAAUGGCUUCUCUUCAAGAAUUGCUAGUUGAAGAAGGUUUUGAGAGUACAAAAAGAAUACCUACAAAAACUCACAGAAAAGUCAAGUUCAAAGACAGAAAAACUUUUCAAGAAGAUUCCAACAUUGCUUUACCUAUUUACAUUUGCCAUGACAGAAGAUCAUCCUUGGAUUUCUCCAAGAACAAAUCCCGAAAACCCUUUUCCAGUUCUAGUUCUUCGGUCCACUCAUCGAAAAGAUCAAAUGUAAAGUCCAUUGUUGAAGUCAAUAUUCCAAGAAGAGAUGAGCCUGCUAUUGAUGAAGUUGCUAUUAGAGCUGUCAUUUCUAUACUUAGUGGCUUUGUAGGACAAUAUUUGAGGGACAAAGAUUUUCGCGAAACCAUUAAGGAGAAAUGCUAUGCUUGUUUUGUGAGAAAGAAGAAUCAUAAUUCAGAUAAUGGGAUUUUUGCAGAUAUGGAAUUGGCUAUUGAGAGUAUAGAGAGACUAGUUGAGAGUAUUGAUGAUACUCAAAGGGAAGUAAAAGUUAAGUCUUUGCAAUACUCUAUUAGGCUAUUAACAAUUGUGUCAUCUUUGAAUUCCAACAGCACUGGAAAUAUCUCAACUUGUGGAAUUCCCAAUUCCAAUCUCUCUGCUUGUGCACAGCUCUACUUAUCUAUUGUUUACAAGCUAGAAAAAAAUGAGAGAAUUGCAGCUAGGCAUUUGCUGCAGGUAUUCGUUGAUUCGCCAUUUCUUGCUCGGACACACUUACUUCCUGAACUUUGGGAGCAUUUGUUUCUUCCUCACCUUCUUCAUCUCAAGAUUUGGCAUACACAGGAAGUAGAAGUUUUUUCAACUUUGGAUUGUGUUGACAAAGAGAAGCAGAUGAAAGCCUUAAACAAGGUAUAUAAUGACCACAUAGAUAUUGGUACAACAAAGUUUGCUCUUUACUAUAAACAAUGGCUCAAGGUUGGUGCCCAAGCCCCUGCUGUUCCUUCUGUGCCUUUGCCUAAUAAAGUCGGUCACUCGCCUUCAAGAAGACGAUCUUUGGAUUCUUUCACCUCCAAUUCCUCCAUCAAGAAUAACUCACUAUAUCGAGCUGUUUUUGGACCGAUUAUGGAGAGGAAAUCCAUGGAUGUUGCAAGAAAUGGAAUUUGGGAUUAUAAGGAGGAAGAAGAAGAGAAGAUUUCAUCCAUUGGAGAUGACAAUAAGAAAGGCAAUUAUGUUCCAAAGAAAGCAGUGGUUCAUCGAAGAUCACAGAGUCAAAGUUACAGAACUCCGAAACAUGAUCUGUGGGCUCAGACUCAUAAAAAAUCAGACUACUUCCGGUUUUUCAAUUGUCAAAGUGAGCCUGUAGAGUUCUUGAGAGAAGGAAACAGUAAGAUUGGCAGUGUUUCCAUCAGAAAGGAAGAAAAAACCACUCCUCCUGUUUCAAAUGAUCUAAGUAGAGCUAUCUUCACAAUUUGCUCCUCAGAUAGCUUAAGUGACUGUGAACUGGCAGUCCGUUUGGUCGCAAAAUCUUGGCUUGAUUCUCGUGGAGAUCCUGAGAUUGUAACGACAUUAUCAACAGCAUCAUUGAUUGAAGGAACAAUGAACGUUUUGUUUGCAUCCGGAGAUGAUGAAAUCUUGGAACUAGCAAUCUCAAUCUUAGCAGAACUAGUCACUAAGAGGGAGAUGAAUGGGCAAAUCAUUCUCAACUCGGAUUCACAGCUUGAUAUCUUCUUGAGACUAUUGAGAAAUAGCAGCCUGUUUCUUAAGGCUGCAAUUCUACUUUACCUAGUGCAGCCUAAGGCUAAACAGAUGAUAUCUAUUGAGUGGAUUCCAUUAGUACUUCGAGUUUUGGAAUUCGCAGAUCAUCUGCAGACGUUAUUCACAGUUCAACGUAGUCCUCAAGAGGCUGCAUAUUACUUACUUGAUCAACUACUUACUGGUUUUGAUGAAGACAAGAAUUUUGAAAAUUGUAGGCAAGUCAUUUCACUAGGGGGAUUGGGGUUGUUGCUGAGAAGAGUUGAAAUGGGAGAUGUCUCAGAAAAGAGUAAGGUGGUUUCUGUUAUGUACUAUUGUGUUCAAUCUGAUGGAAGCUGCAGGCAUUACCUGGCCAACAACUUGAAUAAAGAUUGUCUUCUUCCUCUUCUUUUGCUUCAAAACCAGCAAAUCGCUCGCGGACACAUUUUUGCAUUUCUCACUGAGCUUCUCUGCAUUGACAAGCAAAUUCAAAGAGUAGAAUUCUUACGUGGUCUACUAAGUGGAUGGGGAAUGGUGAACACCUUGCACAUUUUGCUAGUAUAUCUCCAAAGAGCUCAACAAGAAGAACGCCCCCUUAUCGCUGUCAUAUUGUUACAGCUUGAUCUUUUGGGAGAUCCGAAUGAGUGCAGCGUAUAUAGAGAAGAAGUAAUAGAAGAAAUAAUAAAAGCAAUGGACUGUCAAGUAUUCAAUGAGAAAGUCCAAGUACAAUCAGCUAGAGCUCUACUUAUACUAGGGAGUUGUUUUUCCUAUACUGGAGAGCCAAUAGUAGAGAAAUUGCUGUUAAAAGAAGCAGGCUACGACGAAAACACUGGGGAUUCAUAUCAUGGCAAGAAUUUCAUCCUCAACAGUUAUAUGAACCUGAAUGAAGAGGAAGAGGCAACAAGAAAUUGGCAAAGGAAAACAUCAAGAGUGUUGCUUAACAGUGGAAGCAAGAGGCUAUUGGCUGCUCUUGUAGAUACAAUAGCCAAUGGAAUUCCCUGUUUAGGGAGAGCAAGCCUAGUUACUGUGUCCUGGAUGAGCAAUUUUUUCUGUUCCAUCGAGGAUAAAGGGGUCCGGUCUGUAGUAUGUUCGGAGCUAAUUCCAGAGCUGAUGAAGCUAUUGAAGUACAAUAAUGCUAUAGAGGAAAGAGUUCUUGCUUCACUUUCAUUACUCAAACUGGCUAACAAUUCAGAUUAUUUGGCGAAAUUGUCUCCAUUAGAUAAGGAGCUCAUAAGUGACCUGCAUAAACUCGCACAAGUAACAUGGACAGCGAAGGAGCUUAUUUCAAUUAUUUCGAGCAGCUCUAGGCAUCAGCAGCUUAAUGUACCUUAACAAUUUGUUUUUCUUCAGCAACUUAAUCAUUCUACCUUGUACAUGGUAUGAAGCACAGGAUGUCUAUAUUUUAGUCCUUCUUUGGAGAUAAUUUUAGUAAUAAAUGAGGCUAUUUCUCAA